UAACUGAAAAGCACUCUGUUGUUACAACUGACAUGAAUCUCAUUUUUUAUUCGAUAUCGUUCGUUUCUAAUUAAAAAGAACAAAUUUAUAAGACGAUACUUCAGAUCGUGACGUAUCUGCGGAAAAGGUUAGGAAUCGGCGCAAACCGUAAUGGCCGUUUAGAACACGUCAGGUGACGUGUCGCGUGUCUUUCUGCUUUACGAGAUCGUACUUGAAGAAAUAUGAUUGCGUUCAAACGCGACAAGAAAGAGGAGGAAGAUGGCGGCGGGAAUCCCUUCCAAAACCUCGAGAAGACGACGGUUCUGCAAGAAGCGCGCACCUUCAACAAUACACCUGUGAAUCCCCGAAAAUGCGCGCAUAUCCUCACCAAAAUCUUGUACUUGCUCAAUCAAGGUGAACAGCUGGGCACAACAGAAGCCACAGAGGCCUUCUUCGCUAUGACCAAAUUGUUUCAGUCACGCGACGUUAUUCUGAGACGACUGGUUUACUUAGGCAUCAAGGAGCUAAGUUCUCUGGCAGAAGAUGUGAUUAUAGUCACUUCCAGCCUCACCAAGGAUAUGACAGGAAAGGAGGAUCUAUAUCGAGCUGCAGCCAUCAGAGCGCUUUGUACCAUUACUGAUGGCAGCAUGCUAGCAGCUAUUGAACGAUACAUGAAGCAGGCUAUUGUCGACCGUUCUCCAGCAGUGUCCAGUGCUGCGUUGGUCUCUUCUCUGCAUCUGACCAGUGUGUCUGGUGAUGUCGCGAGGAGGUGGGCCAAUGAGGCUCAAGAGGCAUUGAAUUCCAACAACGUGAUGGUCCAGUAUCAUGCAUUGGGUGUGCUGUAUCAGGCGCGAAAGGCGGACAAGCACGCGGUAAUCAAGCUGGUGGCCAAGCUCAUGAAGACAAGUCCAAAGAGUCCCUACGCAGCCUGCAUGCUGAUCCGAAUGGCGUAUAAACUGUUGGACGAGGUGGACGAAGGAGAAGAACUGAUAGGAUUCAUUGAGUCGUGUUUGAGACACAAGUCCGAGAUGGUGGUCUACGAGGCGGCUCACGCUCUGGUCAAUCUCGGACGUAGCGGCGCUCGAGAGAUCGGGCCCGCGAUCAGCGUGCUGCAACUGUUCUGCGGCUCGCCGAAGCCAGCUCUUCGAUUCGCCGCGGUCAGAACUCUGAACAAGGUUGCGAUGUCGCACCCAGCGGCGGUUACAGCCUGCAAUCUGGAUCUGGAGAACUUGAUUACGGACUCGAACAGAUCGAUCGCCACUUUAGCUAUCACUACUCUUCUGAAGACCGGAGCAGAGAGCUCAGUAGACCGACUGAUGAAGCAGAUCGCUACCUUUGUAUCUGAGAUCUCGGAUGAAUUCAAAGUCGUGGUUGUACAAGCCAUCAGGGCCUUGUGUCAAAAAUUCCCGCGCAAGCAUUCUGUACUGAUGAACUUCCUUUCCGCUAUGCUGAGGGACGAAGGUGGCCUAGAGUAUAAAGCAGCGAUCGCCGACACCAUCAUCGCCGUGAUGGAGGGAAACGCAGAGGCGAAGGAAGCAGGUCUCGCUCAUCUCUGCGAGUUUAUCGAGGACUGCGAACACAUCUCCCUGGCAGUUCGUAUUUUGCACUUGCUCGGUCAAGAGGGCCCAACAUCGAAACAUCCAUCGAGAUACAUUCGCUUCAUUUACAACCGCGUGAUUCUUGAGAGCGCCAGCGUGCGCGCCGCAGCCGUCACCGCUUUGGCGCGUUUCGCCGCCGCUUGCCCACUCUUGCUGCCGAACGUGUUGGUGUUGCUGUCGCGUUGUCAACUGGACUCUGACGACGAGGUUCGCGAUCGCGCGGCUUACUACUGCACGAUUUUGCAGCAAAAAAGCGAUCCGACCAUGUUACCUCUGGUGCAACCACCCUCGUUGUCCGUGCCAUCUUUAGAAAGAGCCUUGCGAAAUUACAUGCAGACAACUAUGGAAGAAUCGUUCGACAUUUCCCAGAUACCACCAGCUCAGACGAUAGAGGAGCCAGCUCAGGUGGAAAUACACACCACUAUUAAGCAGCCUCGUUUGACCAGAGAAGAGAAUUUCAUGGAAAAACUGUCGCAGAUUCCGCAACUAGCCGCGAUCAUCGGUGAUUCGUCAUUACUGAAAUCCUCGCCGACGUUUGAACUAACCGAAUCCGAGACGGAAUAUAACGUUAAAUGUAUUAAGCAUACAUUCCCCGAGUAUCUUAUUUUGCAGUUCGACUGCGUGAAUACUCUGUCUGAUCAGCUUCUUGAAGAUGUGGUGGUAGCCGUUGAACCAGCCGAAGGGUACUCGGUCAUAUGCGUGGUGUCGUGUCCACGAUUACCUUAUAACGAACUAGACACCACGUACACGGUAUUGAAGUAUCCGGAAGAUGUUCACGCGAGUGUCGCCACUAUUCCUACAACUCUCAGAUUCAUAGCAAGAGAUUGCGAUCCAACAACGGGGAUACCAGACGCAGAUCAAGGAUACCACGAUGAAUAUAUGUUGGAAGAUUUAGAAGUAACUCUAGCUGACCAAGUACGUGGCGUUAAUAACAGAGGUUUCGAUUUUAAUACCGCUUGGGACACGUUCACCGCGAAGGGAUUCGCCAAAUUAGAAGAGACGUUCGUCCUGGGAGCUUCAGUGACUUCUUUGGAAGGAGCGAUACAAAGUCUUACGGGAUUUUUGGGAUUGGAAGCCGUGGAACGCAGUAAUAAAGUACAAAGUGGCUCGACCGCGCACAAUCUGCUCCUGAGCGGUGUCUUCCGAGGAGGAAAGGAAAUAUUGGCACGUGCACGACUGGCGCUGAGCGGAACGCAAGUUACAAUGCAACUGUCCGUUCUCUGUCAAGAUUCAGAUGUUGCCGAUUUGAUAGUUUCGUCUGUGGGAUAAAUCGCAGUAGAAUUAUUUUCAUAUUAUAAAAACAUCUUUAGAAUAUACAUUCAUCUCUCUGUAAAAUAAUCUUUAUAAUAUAAGAUAAUUAUUACAUGAAAAUAGUCCAGGAAUAUUAUUAUAUUAUUUUGUUUUUCUACAAUUAAUAUAUGAUGUGAUUUCUCUUUAAAGCAGAUGACUAUUCAACAAUCUCUUGUCAUAUGAAACGAUAUUUACGAUUGCGGACGAAAUAGAGUAAUAAUCUAUCAAGUUUAAUAUAUAAUUUUAUUCUUUCAUAAUUUGAGUAAUUUUUAGGAAAUUUUUUUCCGGUAGACUUCAAAUGGGAAACACUCGUAAAAUGGGAAAGGAAUAUAUCGACAAUAAUGAUAUACCAAAAUUUUUUUACACAUACAUAUAUAGAUAUCUAUAUAUUUCUUUUCACAUAAAUUUAUUCGUGCAUUGAGAAUUAUAAAAGUGUUAAAUAGUGUAUAAAUAUAUUAUUAUCAGAUA